AUGGACCUCUAUGACCAAUUGCCUAAUAGUCGAUUGAUAUGUCUUCCGGAAUAUGUGCCUGUAUUGGAGUCUGCAAAACAGAACGGUGUCACUGUGGUGGAAUUUCUCACUUUGAACCCAGAUGAAUUGACGAAGUUGGUGACGAGGUCCAUUAAUGACAUUGUUAAGUUCCAAAAUGCCUUAAAGCAAGAGUUUAGAGCUCAGGUUUUUGAGCUUAAUCCGCCCAAACAGGUUUCUGAACAGGAUUGUUCUCUCGCCUUUACUUCAGGUGAUAGAGACGUUGAUGACCUUCUAGGAGGAGGGCUUCGGACUCACGGCAUAACAGAAAUCUUUGGAAGCAGCUCGACUGGAAAGUCCCAAUUCUUAAUGCAGCUGUCGUUAUGCGUUCAGCUACCUAAAAGCCUGGGAGGUUUGGAUGGCAAGUGUGUCUACAUUACGACUGAAGGCGACCUUCCGACAAGAAGACUGGAUGAAAUGAUACGUUCCAAGUCUCAGAAGGACGGCUUCCAAAGUCUCUCUCAGGACAACAUUUUCACGGUCAACUGCAACGAUUUAGCGAACCAAGAACACAUCUUAAACGUGCAGUUACCUAUACUUAUGGAAAGAAACCAUGACAUCAGGUUAAUAAUUGUUGACUCAGUAUCUCACCACGUCAGAGUUGAGCUUGAGAGAAGAUCUUUUAAAGAUUCUCAGGAUAAUAGGCACUACGUCGAUAAGAUGGCUCAGAAUUUGCUGAACUUCUCAAUCAAACAUUCUGUCGCUGUUGUAGUGGCCAACCAAGUCGGAGAUAAACCGUUGCCUGAAGCAAAACUCGCUGAUAGUUCUGUUGAAAGGGGGCCCGCCAAUUACGAUUACCAGCUGGGCUGGACUGUGGGUUGGAAGGACUCUAGCAUUCUUUAUCGUCAACUCAAUGACGGUUUAACAUUAAGUGGUAAAGAUAGGGGGCGACUGUGGUCAGACUCAGGAAAUGAAAGUGUACUAUCUGAUGAUGAAGAUUAUAAUUUAAUAGCAAAUGCAGCGCAAGCUAGAACCAAGGAACUUGAAUCCCAAAAAUUGACAGGCAAGACCCUUCCCACGUCAACUGAGCAGGCAAUCCUAACACCACGAAGUCAGUCUUCCUCAUCUGGAUCACCUGGAACAUACUUCCCAAUAAUCAAGAAGAAACGCAAUGUUGAGACCAAGUAUCCAACAAUGGGUCUUUCAUGGGCAAACCACCUCAGCACCCGUAUUUUGUUAAGGAAAAGUUACAAGGCUUCUCCAUUAAUCAAAAGUGGCGAGCUCGACCUCAACAAAGUUUUAGAUACCAGCAGCUUUUGGCAGCCCCGCAGGACGAUGAAAGUUGUAUUUUCAUCAUAUGCGCCGAGUCAUGAGCUUGAAUAUAUGAUCACGUCAAGUGGUGUUGAGAGUGUUAAGAGCUUGUCUCUACAGAUAAGCUGA